AUGACAUCAUGGAUGACGCCGACGAGGUUCCUUUCAGCUCGCCGGGUGGUAGGUAUCGUUUCCAGCGUCGCCACGGCCACCGUGAAGGAGGUAGGAGUGGAGGUGGAAGUGUUGAAGUGGUUGCGCGGAGGACUAGUGCAAGCAGUUUUGUUGCUUUGGGGUAGUGUCGACUCACCUAUGGCUCUCCCUCGCACUGAUGUCCCGUACGGUUCAACUAACAAGGUAGCCUCUCUGGUAAGAUUUCGUGAGAAAAGGAAGGAGAGUUGCUUUGAGAAGAAAAUUAGGUACAGCGUUAACAACGAAGUUGCUCAAAGAAUGCAUCGCAUGAAAGGUCAAUUUGCGUCAGUCAGAGAAGGUUCCGAAUCAUCCAUUUGGGACACGCCAAAGGGUAGCUCCCAGGAAGAUAAUACAUCUCUUCCAGGAGCUGCGUGUCACCACUGUGGUGUGGCUGAGAGUUCUACUCCAGCGAUGCGGCGUGGUCCUGCAGGACCAAGAACUCUAUGCAAUGCAUGUGGGCUUAUGUGGGGAAACAAGGUUUAUACGAGCAUGUCGAUGCUAUGGACUCACAACUGA